AUGGCGCCCCUUCAGCGGGUUUGGGUGUUGCGGUGCUCCUGCUGCCGCCUCUUCCAGGCGCACCAGGUGAAAAAGAGUCUCAAAUGGACAUGCAAAGCUUGUGGAGAGAAGCAGUCAUUUUUGCGGGCUUAUGGUGAGGGCUCUGGUGCUGACUGUAGACAACAUGUCCAAAAAUUAAAUCUGCUGCAGGGACAGAUUUCAGAGAUGUCACUCAGGUCUCUGGAAGAAUCCAUAAAUGCCGACGAGGAGGAAAAUGCACGUCCUUGGCAGGCUGUGCCUGCAAGCCUGCAGGAAAAACUCCAGCCCUCAAAGAACCGCUGGCUGAAGUACCUGGAAAGGGACUCCAAAGAACUGCAGCUGGAAGAAGGAGGAGUGUGUUUCAACAGACAGUCCUCAUCCAAGAGAGAGAAGCCAGACCCUCCCUUCAGUACAGGCCUGCCUAGAAAAAGGAAAUGGAGCCAGAGCACAGUCCAGCCUCCAUGCAGCCCUAAUGUCCAGGACUCCAGAAACUGUGAGGUCACCUUGAAGUCCCUGAAGGACCGUUCCCUUCAUUCUGCAUGGAGUACCGGGUCUUUGUCAGACUGUUCAGCUUGGGACCUGCCCUGGGUUUCUGAGGAACUGUCACCUUCAUUUAUCCAGGACCACACUGGCCUGACAGGGAAGGUCAAAGAAGGAAGCAGUCGUGAGGACUGGGACACCAGGGAGCUCGUCAUUCCUCGGGGGGAACCACCGUGUCCUGCCCAGCAGGUCAGGACCGUGUCUCCUAAGUGGAAACAAUUUCUUCCACCACUUGGAAAUAGCUCACAUUUGGGCACGGAGCCCCUGACCCCACUGCAAAGAGGCAUCAGGCCAGCCCGAGCAGCACGGACUGAGCAGGGGACCCCCAGGACCCAGACCCCAAGGGAAGGCCUCUGCAGGACCCUUGGUGCACUCCAGCUUCCUCAGGCUACACACACUCCCAUGCCUGGGCCCAAGAGGCUCUGCGGAAAGACCCCUGAGCAGUCAGGGGGCACAGGCCCUUGGGCAGAGGGUGGGGCCUUGGUCAAAGGGAUGCAGGAGCCUUCCUCACUCCUGCGACUGUGUGACCUCUUUAAAACUGGAGCGGACUUUGAUGACCGUCUGUGAGUUGAAACUAAUGUUACUAAUGUAGACGUAUUUGUUAAGAGAGCCCUUCUCCUCUGUGCCACUGGAAACAGGGCUCCCCAAGUUGCUUUUAAAUAGUAGGACUAAGGAUGACUUACGGGAACUACCAACAAUAAACAUGACUAUCAAACAGAUCAUCUCUCAUCGCACCAUCUCUGAUUAAAGUGCUUAUACCAUUUAAUUAAGAUUGUUUACAAAUAUAACAG